GUCUGACCCAAUGCGACAUCGAAACUCCGUUCAGCAGCUGGAACUCCCUAAUGCGGUAACGAGGGACAAAAGAACAUGAAGCGUGAGAAACCCGGGAAUAUAUGCCAGGCCUAUAUAGAGGGACUUCAGUCCAGCUUACGAUUGGGGUGAAACAUAACCAAUCACAGGCCGUCAUCGUGCUCCUUUGUUGAGUCUCUAGCAGGGCAUGGCCACGAUCUGGACCGCACGUGAUUGGCCUGUUCGGACGAGCUGAGGCUGAACCUCGUCCGCUUGGCAGAUCAACAUUUCGACCUACCUUGGCGCUACCAGAUUCGAUUUCUAGAAGCUUACUAGAAACCCAGGAGCCAAGUCUCGAACGAGGUCAAUGCUUUCUGAGGGAAUGUCGUUGUCUCAUUUGUAUUUUCUACGACCUCCGACCUCAUCGAUGGGAUGUUCAGUCGACAGCCAACAAUUGAGAAAAUCAAGGUAGAAGUCGGAGAUGGAACCGUCGAACCUCAACCAACCUAUGAUACUCCCGCUCAUGGAUAGCGGGGAAGAUUACACUUAUUCGAACUUCCUCGGCGGCGAUGAUGCCGGGUACGGUGCUAUCGGCGAGGCUGCGGGCUCGACAUCCGCAUUGGACGAUGAUCUUGGUAUGGCGAGUGCGCCGUCUCCCACGGCGGCGCUCGCUACACGCAACUCGCUUCAGAAGCAGAGAUUAGAACGAAGGGGUCAUACUAAGAGUCGAAGAGGUUGUUUCAAUUGUAAAAGGCGUCGCAUUAAGUGUCAAGAAACCCGGCCAGAAUGCGGACAUUGCGUGAAGACAGGGCUAGAGUGUAAAUAUCCAACUUCACCCCAAGUCGUCCACCAGCCGCAACAGCAAAUCCCUCUUUUCAGCUUGCAGGAUAUGCGGUUCUUCCAGCAUUUCCUAUUCACCUGUUUCCCUAACCACCCCCUAGGGAAUGAGUCCAUCUGGACCCACGAGAUUCCAUGCCUAUCACAGACUCACGAAUAUCUUAUGCAUGCGAUACUAGGCCUCGCAGCGUCUGAUCUCAUGCAGAAUGACUCCAGCCUACUCACAUUCGCCAUGAUGCAUCGGCUUAAGGCGAUCAAAGCUAUCAAGAAGACCUUAAACGAGGUACCGAAAUCGAACAGCUUUGAAGAAGGGAACGCCCUUGUGGCGACCUGUUUCGCACUAACCUUCCAAUCCGUAAUCCUCGACGACGGGAUGACCGAAUUCAUGACCUUCGUGCGGGGCAUCGUGCUGGUCUCCAUGCAAAUGCUAACCAAAGGCACACGCCCACUCUUCACAAACCUGAACCAAUCCGACCCCCAGAAACUCCUCAAGCCCAUAAUCCAAGCCAUCCCACCCAUCCGCACCUCCUUCAUCCUCUCCGCCGCACAAUCCAUCCACGCCCUCGAACCUCUCUGCCAGCACGAGCUCGAAAUCGAGUAUCGGCGGUACCUAAUCGGGAUCGCGAACGCGCUGCCCACAUCCUCGUACCUGGCGUACGAGAUCCUGUGCAAGCACUACGGCUGGUGGAUCCAGCUACCGCACGAGCGGUUCCGGCAUCUAAUCGACCCGAGCUCGCAGGUCUUCGCCGUGUUAUCCGCGCACUGGAUCGCGCUGAAGCAGGUGAUGGCGCCGAUCACACAGGCCGAGACCCAGCUGCGGGCGCAGGAGCCGCGGGGUGGAGGCGGCGGCGUCGAUCUCGGGACCUCGCGCUGGUUGAAGUAUCUCAAUCGCCAGGUCGAUGCCGAACACCGCCCAUAUAACGCUUGGCCCGAGUGGGUCGAGCAGCAGCUUGAUCGGGAUAUGUCGUUUUUCGGGAAGACGACGGCUUCGUUGUUGACGUAGAUGGAGAUAUAACUACCUACUCACCCACCUAUCCACCCCACCUAUCUAUCUAUCUAUCUAUCUACCCAGGCACGGACCUAAUGUUUAGGGGGGAAUGUUAACAGGUGAAAGGAAGGACCCAGCGAGUACUUAUUGCUUAUUGGAUUUUCAGGAAAGGAGGUAAAAUGACCUACGUGUGUGACAGGAAUAGGAAAACAGCGUGUUUACCAAGAAUUUUUUUUUUGGAUUUUAGUAUCGAUACCAUCAUCACCGCUUUAUGGAACUGUUGUAUAUACCCGGGAGGAAUUGAGAUGAAUUGCCUAUCGCAUCUACC